UUCUGACUGCUUAAAUCUGCUGAACAUUUAAUGCUCAAAGCUUCCAUAAAAUUGUAUUUAGUAUCAUCGUUAAAUUUGUUUUGAUCUUCAUUUUUGCAAGUUGAUUUUCCAAAUUUAAAAAAAAAGCAGUUCACAACUUCUUUGACAAGUCACUUUCUAAUGAAUUCUGCAAAACCUUGGCUUUGUAAACAGUGUUUUUCCUUCCCACGUGAAGUUUUUGGAGUAUAUCAGGGUAGAGUGUGAGGAGAUUUAUUGGACAAGUGGAGGCGGCCCCAGUCAGCUGCGAGCGCUCCCCCCCGCUGGGAACCUACCCUUGACAGAAAAGGAGCAGCUGGGAAGGUGCUGUUUCAGGGUCUGGCUGUCUUGUUUAAAAAAAAGUUCUGCUGUGCAUUGGAAGGGGAGUUGGAUCAUGUGACUCUUACCACCCUACCCCAUAUCACACUGUGCUGCAGUACUGAUUGCCUUUAUCCAAUCAUGCCUGGAAUGCGUCGUGUCACUUGGGCUAUUUCUGCUAUCUGUCGCUAUCAAGCUUCAGUGCUAACAGUUUGGCAGAUGGGGCAGUUUUUUCUUGAGGUUGUAUCUUCGCCUUUUUUAACAUUAUGCUUUUGGCAGCGUGCUUUCUCAUUUCUUGAAGAGGACUUUUUCUGCUAAGCCAUGGCUCAUCGACUGCGCCUGUCCUUUGGAUCGAACAGGAGUAACACAGACCCAGGGUUGGCGAUGCUGGAUGGAGACAGAGAGAAUGAUGUCUACAUGACAUUCCAUACUCUACCGAGAAGAAGUGCUGCUCAGAAUGGAUCUGACGCUGGAUUCUCUUUGCGGGAUCAGACCCCCCUAAACCGGAGCUCCUCUAUGUUUGUUCCUCAGCUGCAUGGAGUUGAGACCCGGCCUACCAGAAGUUCGUCGAUGCAGAUAUCACUGCAGCGCAGCCCUGUCAAUGGAUGUGACUCCGGUGUCUCGGGGUGCCCCGGGCAACCGUUACCAGGUGUGGGAGUGGAAGCUGGCAGCGGUGAUAGUUUAUUUUCCAGGAGCUGUUCUCUUCCAAGUGUGCCUCUGAGCACAGAUGAUCCCCCUCCCUAUAGUGUGGCCGCUGAGUCAGCACAGCAGGCUGGCGGAAGCCCUGCCUCGAAUUGUAGAGUACACUGUUGCUUUCCUCUGGAACAAACGGCAGCCGGCCCAGAGGAAUUGGCAAAUGGGCCUGCCUCUGGUGUAAACAUUGGGGGCGUAAGAAUUCAGCGCCAUUCGCCAACACGAGACACGCAUCAAUUGCACCUUCUGCCCUUCAACUCUAAUGGACAUCGGAAAGCUCGCGCCUCGGUGACCAGGUGCUGGUCCUUGCAGCCCCAGCCUGACGCAGCGGGGAACGGUGGUAAACCUUGCUUCAUUCUGCAACUCCAGCAAAAACGUGACGGUCUGCAGGACUCAUGGAUGGAUCUGAAAACUGGACGAGCCCGUACCGAGAGGGAAAGCACGGCUGGGUCGCCACACGUAAGGCUGGGACGAAGCACUUCUGCUCUCUUGCCAGUUAAAGGAAACACCGAGAGUCUGGACAUUGCUGAGCAGGAGCAAGCUGGAGGAGUGGCAUGUAGGGAAAACUGCCCCGAAAUGCCCCGUAGCUGUUCAUUGGAAACAAUCCCUCAGGCGCAGGCCUGCAAAUUUCAAAUCAGGCCGGAGCAAAAUCUGCGGCAGCCCCACGUUCGGAUCCUGUUAACUCGAGGGCGCGGAGAAGCAACAGAAGGCUCAGUGAAGGAUGAUGGUGGCUGUGUUCACAGAAGAAUGAAUUCAGUCACCAGAGAGAACUCCAUGACAAGGGAUGAUUUCCUGGGCCAAGUUGACGUGCCUCUUAAUUACUUACCGGCAGAAGACCCAGCCUUGGAGAGGCCAUACACUUUUAAAGAUUUCUUGCUUAGGCCAAGGAGUCACAAAUCCCGGGUGAAAGGAUUUCUGCGCUUGAAAAUGGCCUACCUUCCAAGGAAUGGUGGACAAGAAGAAACGCCAGAACAGAGGGAAGAAUCUGAGCGUGCCUGGGCUAUGGUCGAUCCCACUGAUUCAGGAGCACAGCGCGAGCAACAAUUGCCACCACUGCCAUCUGGCUGGGAAGAGAAGACUGACAACCUGGGCCGGACAUAUUACGUGAAUCACAACAACAGGACAACGCAGUGGCAGAGACCAAGUCUAGUAGAUGUAGAAAAUGACUCCGACAGCAACAUUCGGCAAAUCCAACAAGAAGCUCACAGAGUGUUUCGGUCACGUCGGCACAUUAGUGAAGAUUUGGAGACCACAGAUAUUCGGGAUGGUGGUGAUCCGUGGGAAACCAUCUCUGAAGAAUCUUUUCUUGAUGCUGAUCAACUCUUCCAACCCUUACCCCCUCCUGCUACUCCACCAAGUGCAUCAGAGAGCAGCCAACCAGACCUCUCUGAUGAGUUGAACAGGAGAUUACAAGUUACUUCAGAGUCAAACGGAGAAGAAAUUGGUCCACAUCCUAGUGAAUCUCUUGCAAGGAUACGUUCCUAUAGUGCGACAGAUGGUAUUGAAGAUGAACCUCCAGCCUCAACGCAGAGCACCCAAUCACGACGACCUCGUUCUUCAACUGUCACAGGCAGUGAACAACAAAAUGACAUCACGCAGUCAUCUGCAGCCCACAUGCUCACAACACCUGGCUUGCCUCCAGGAUGGGAAGAGCGGAAAGAUGCAAAGGGUCGCUCCUAUUAUGUAAACCAUAACAACAGAACUACUACUUGGACACGUCCAAUUGUGCAGCACGCAGAUGAUGGCGCAUCAGCUACUGCAUCCAGCAACAGCCUUUUAAGCGAGCCUCAGAUAAGGCGGCCUCGCAGUCUCAGCUCACCCACUGUAACCUUAUCAACCCCGAUGGAGAGUGCUAAGGACCCCCCUCUGCACAGAGCUGUAAAGGACACUUUGUCUACUCCUCAGUCUCCUCAGCUUUCGCCUUAUAAUUCACCAAAGGCACAGCAUAAGGUUGCGCAGAGUUUCCUACCUCCCGGUUGGGAAAUGCGCAUAGCUCCAAAUGGUCGGCCUUUCUUCAUCGAUCACAAUAGUAGAACAACAACAUGGGAGGAUCCGCGGCUAAAAUAUCCAGUUCAUUUAAGAGCAAAGACAUCAUUGGAUCCAAAUGAUCUUGGACCUCUCCCUGCUGGCUGGGAGGAAAGGAUCCACAUAGAUGGAAGGUCAUUCUUCAUCGACCACAAUACCAAAAUCACACAAUGGGAGGACCCAAGAUUGCAGAAUCCGGCCAUUACUGGUCCUGCUGUGCCAUAUUCUAGAGAAUUCAAGCAGAAGUAUGAUUAUUUCCGGAAGAAACUGAAAAAGCCUGCUGACAUACCCAAUAGAUUUGAAAUGAAACUACAAAGAGGAAACAUUCUAGAAGAAUCAUACAGACGGAUCAUGUCCUUAAAGCGACCAGACGUGUUGAAGGCUCGACUUUGGAUAGAAUUUGAGUCAGAGAAAGGACUUGAUUAUGGAGGCGUUGCAAGAGAAUGGUUCUUCCUUUUAUCCAAGGAAAUGUUUAAUCCUUACUAUGGGCUUUUCGAGUAUUCGGCCACAGACAAUUACACACUUCAGAUUAACCCAAACUCUGGUCUUUGUAAUGAAGAUCAUCUUUCCUACUUCAAGUUCAUUGGCCGUGUGGCUGGAAUGGCUGUGCACCAUGGCAAGCUUCUGGAUGGCUUCUUCAUCAGACCAUUUUACAAGAUGAUGUUGGGAAAAUCGAUCACAUUGAAAGACAUGGAGUCUGUGGAUGGUGAAUAUUUCAAUUCUUUAAGAUGGAUUCUUGAAAACGACCCCACAGAGCUGGACCUCAGAUUCUGCACAGAUGAAGAAAAUUUUGGGCAGACCUACCAAGUGGAUCUGAAACCCAAUGGUUCAGACAUGGUGGUUACCAAUGAAAACAAAAGGGAGUAUAUCGACUUAGUCAUCCAGUGGAGGUUUGUUAAUCGGGUGCAAAAGCAGAUGAAUGCCUUCAUGGAGGGCUUCACGGAACUCAUUCCUAUUGACCUAAUUAAAAUAUUUGACGAAAAUGAACUGGAGCUGCUGAUGUGCGGCCUUGGAGAUGUAGACGUCAAUGACUGGCGGCAGCACACCGUCUACAAAAACAACUACUGUACUAAUCACCCCGUUAUCCAGUGGUACUGGAAGGCAGUGCUACUGAUGGAUGCUGAGAAACGUAUUCGGCUUCUACAGUUUGUUACUGGAACCUCAAGAGUGCCAAUGAAUGGGUUUGCUGAACUAUAUGGUUCCAAUGGUCCUCAGCUCUUUACAAUAGAACAGUGGGGAACUCCAGAGAAGUUGCCAAGAGCUCACACGUGCUUUAACCGCCUUGAUUUACCACCUUAUGAAUCUUUUGAAGAUUUACGAGAAAAGCUUCUUCUGGCUGUAGAAAAUGCUGAAGGAUUUGAAGGAGUCGAUUAAAUGGCUGCAAUCGUGGUCAACAAGUUGCUGCUUAUAAUUCUUUUUUUUAUAGAUUUAGGAUCUUUUCCAGUGAUAUCAAUUUAAUUGCACACUGACAUUGGUACUCGGAACAAAGUCUUCUAUGCUAAUUCCUGUUUCAUAUUUCUGGAAGACUGGGAAAUUUAAAAUAGACUUUCCAGACAAAGGAAGAAAAGUGGAUGAUGCGUGGAUGAAAAGUGCAUUUCAAUAGGACUUAACUAUGUAUUUAAACAAAAGUUCUUUAAAGACACAAUCUAAACAUUUUACCAACUUUGUAAUGAAAGUGACUGCAAACUCUCACUUUCAAAGGUAUAGUAUUAUCACUUUGUUUACUCAAUGGACUGGAUAAUAACCAGUUAUUUAGACUUCCUUGUAAUAUAACCUUUCCAGCAGAAAGGGGCAAUCUGUUAAAGGUUGGAAUUGCGCAGUGCAUUAACAUUUUCCUGUGAAAUAUUGGUGCCUCCUUUCCCCAGCAGUCACGAUUAAAAGCAUGGUCAAAAGCAUUUUUAGAUUAUUAAUGACAUAGUUAAAAACUUGCCUGAAAUAUGAAAAUAUUUUUAUUUUACAAUUGCCAUCAAUGUCUUUGAAUGGGGUCUCAGAAGCAAAAUUGUAGUGUCAUGCCUAUAACUUGCAAUAGCCAAGUAAAUCAUUGCUAUCCAUUAAGUAUGUAUUGAAAUAACAUUGACAUUAAGAGGAUGACCAAAUAACAAUGCUCGAAGUGUUUUUUGUUUAUAAAAUGUUACCCAAAUUUUCCUUUUUUUUUUGAACCAGGUGAUUUAACUAUAAUAUAGCAAGUUAUUACUAUGUGCCUGCGGUAUGCCUGAUUAAUCCCAUAGUCUGCUGGUGGGUCCAGGAGUAAUUGCUAGCUGGACCUUUAUUCUCACUAAAACAGGUAACAAGAGAAUAAAACUACCCAAUGUGCACUGCUGACUAAAUUCAAAAGAAUAGUUCUAUAACAUGUGAAACUACUUAAGCCCUCAUUGCCUUUAUCUACUUUUUUUCUACAAACAUUUCUUUUAGUAUUAAUUUAACUUUUCAAUCAUAUUUUUAUCUCCUGUUAGAAAUUACAUCCUCCGUUAUGAAGUUAUUUGUUCACUGUUUCCUUUCACCUCCCACCUCCUUCCAUCUAGGGUCAGGAGUAACUUUAUUGAAGAGCUACUUGGUUUGUCUUAUAGUAUUCAUUUGAUUCGAUGCAGUUUAUUUAUUUAUUUACCACCCGUUACGCCGCUGGCGGUUAGGGCAGCAAUGAAGAUCCUUCAUCUCUGGCAGUGUUCAGGGCUUCCUUCAUGGUGAUCGUAACUUCCUCUCGGUAUUCACUAUUGUCAGUCAUUCAAGUCCUGGAUAGAGACUCAGGAAUACCGUUGCAUUCACUGGAAGGAUUCUUCACUACUCUUUCCAUAACAGUUUUGUUUGACUAGUCAGGGGUGUUAGCCUUCAGCUGAACCCCCCUAACGUGGAGGACCAGUGGACCACCCUUGGUCUGCUCUCUCCCCUUUGGCCUGUCUGGCAUGGGUGAUCCAAAGCAUCAAUCCCUGACUCCAGCCAACAUAGCUCUCCAGGUAAUUGAGACACGCAAGCCUCCAACCACUACAAUACUGUGACUAGAUAGGCAACAGAGAAAAAUGCGACAAGCCAGGAAGGAAUUCUAACAGAUAAAUACAAUCUGUGACAGCCCUCCCUAUCUUCUUAUUUACAAAAAGGAAAGGUAACCACUACAAACUGAGCUGUGAAUGACAGAUGUGUUUGUAUCAUUGCUUGAGCUUAUGCUGAUUUUUCAGAAAACAUGUUCUAUGGUAAUACCAAGAAAUUUAGGGGCACUUUGUAAAUCCCAUAAAGCUAAUGGCUGUUUAAUUGUGAUUAAGGAUGUACAUUUUUAAUACUGAAUAUGCUUAUCCAGUGCAAUAUCUGUCUGUACAUUGUUUCUACUGACGAUGCCUCAACAAAUCCAACAUGGAGCCAAGUAAGCGUAAUUGUCUUUCUUCAUUUUUAUCUCAACAUGUCUUUUUCCUUUGAAAGCAUUGCACACAAUUUCAAAACUCAGCUCAGAUAUGUAAAGUCCCUCCUGAAAUCCUUCUCCCUAUAGUAAAUUCCCAGAAAAAAAAUAAACUUUCCAUAUGAAUGUUGCAAGUUUUGUAAUUUGUAUUUUAUGCAUAUGCAUUGAUAUUAAAAGUAUUUAUCUAAUUUAGGACAGUGACUAAGUGUAACAAAACAUUUACUCCAGAACUUGUUUGCAGAAACUUUGUCAGAUUUUUGCUGAGGCCUUUUAGAAUGAAAAGAUUAAAGAUGGGUUGACCUUAAA